GGUGUGAUCCAACCUCGCGUUUGCGCAUUCAUUGUGACAGAAGAUCGGUGGUGGCAGCGUGUUUUUCUCUGGCGAUUGUUGAACGUGAAAUAUAUUGUGCUUUUUGUAGUGAAACUGCAGUACCUGGUGCAUAAGUUACCUCCUAUCCAAUGGUGUUGUUUGCACAGUGAAACAGUGCACGAUGAUUCAAUACGAACAGCCCAACAUCACCGACACAGAGGCGAAAGAUCAUGAAGAGUUUCUCGAUCGCAUCAAGAAAACGCUCUACUACGGUUCGUCCAAGGUGCGAUGUACCAAAAUCAGCCGACCGCUGGCGGACUACGCCGCAGAUGUGUUUUCCGAAACGCAUCGCGGCCAUUCCCUCAGUCGCUUGAACUUUGCGACUGUGGGCAAUCUAUCCGUGACGCCAUGCUCACUCAUUCUGGCUAUGAUCUAUCUCGAUCGACUGAACGCCACCGACCCGACCUUUGUUCGCCGCAUUACACCGUCGGAAUUAUUUAUAGUAUCAAUGAUGGUCUCCACAAAAUUCUACUGCGGCUACGAUGAGGACGUCUAUCUAAGUGCCUGGGCUGAGUAUGGAAAUAUGACUCCGGAUCAAAUGAAAGCUUUGGAGCUGGAAUUCCUGGACGCAAUGAAUUGGAAUGCGUACGUGUCUAAGCGCGAUUUCUUUGAAAAAUUGAAAUCGGUUGAAAAGGUUCUUGCCAAACGGCAAGGCCUUACCCGCGGCUGGUUGACGUAUACCGAGCUUAUCAACUUUCUACCUUCAUUUGCAAUGGCCAAACAGCUAAUACAUUACAGCACAGUGCUCGCGGUAAGCUACACGGCCAGCGUAAUGACCAUUGCCGGAGCCUUUCUGCUAGCUAGUAAUCUACAUCUCCCGGGCAACUUGCUGUAUCGAGGAUCGACCAAUCUCGAAGCCAGCGGUAACGUUUCUAGCCGCUGUAACCUUACCCAAAAAACCCCACUAGACAGCCUGCUCGAUAGUUCUGCUGACGACACAAACACUAUGGAAGACUGCAUCACCGAUGGUGGCACCCUUGCCGCCGCAUCACAGCUAAAUGCAACCCUCAAAGACUGCGAAACUGCUUUUGCUUUCGGACAGCAACGGCAGCCGAUCGAUCGAAAUUUGCACAGUACAAACCAACCACCGGAAGCGUCAGUUUUCUCGCCCUUCCGUUACCGCAACAUACGCUUCAUUUUCGACCCGGCCGGUGGUAGUAACGUUGUUCAGCAGAUAGAUUUUAUUCAUUCCGAGCACGAGAUUAAUGAGUCGGAGCGAGACGCGACCGUCGAAUCCAAUGACACACUGAUGGACCUGAACAGUGCCGGAGCCCACAACUGUUCGUACGAUUGCUUCAUUCCACUGAUCGGCAACAGCAAAUGGUGUGUGGAAGGUGAGGAGCACGAGCAUAACGACGGGAUAUUUAAGCAUUACAAGAAGACGUACGAUAUUUUCAGUUCUUUAUUGAAAUUUUUGUAACGAGCCUCACACUUACCCACAGUAGCUAGACUAACACAAAGCCAAUGGUUUAGCGGUGUUGCUCAGCAACUUUCAAUUUUUGGUUUGCGUACGCUCACAACGGAGAUACGUUGUCUAGCGAAAAUAGCAACAUGUUGCUGCACUACGCCAUUAGACCAUAGGCUAACCCACAUACUUAACUGAUAUUGUUUCGUUAAAAGAAACUUAAAAUCAGUCAAUGGGAAAAUGCUGUACGAGCUGGCGCCAAUUCAACCAUCGGAAACAAAAUUAAUCGAAAAAUCUUUUGUACCUUUUCAUUCGAUUCAUUCCCGACUUAUACAAUACAAUUAACAUUAUUUCAAGCGAAUCUAAUAAUUAUAUACACUAAUAAUUAUUUCUUUUUUACAUUGAAUUCGCAUAAACGAAUCAGUUCUUUACUGCUUUUUAAUUUAAUCUGUUGAAAGCUUUUUGCAAUAAACUUGAUUAUUCAAA